AUGACUUCACACGAGCGCCUCCAUAUCAUUUUUGGCACCGCAGCCUUUGGAACCGGAUCACCACUGGCCAAGAUUCAAGAUGUGGAAACAGCAGCCCCGAUCAUUGUCACCCUCCAAGCUAGAAAUGUGACCGAUGUGGACACGGCUCGCGCAUAUCCCGUGGGCUCUCCCGGCGCAGCAGAAAGACUUCUUGGCGAGUUAGGAGUUCCUACCUGGGCUAACCUGUCGACUAAGGUCAAUUCUUGGGCACCUGGUACUCACACUGCGGAAGGAAUCCAGCAGAGUGUGGCCCAGUCUCUCGAAGCAUUGAAGACGGAUAAGGUGGACAUCAUGUACCUGCAUGCACCGGACCGCCAUACUCCGUUCGAAGAGACUUGCCGAGCCAUGGAUGCCGAGUACCGCAAAGGAAAGUUUGCCCGCUUUGGCAUUAGUAACUACACCGCAGAUGAGGUGGAGGAGAUCGUGUCGAUUUGUGAGAAGCACGGCUUUGUCAAGCCUAGUGUGUAUCAAGGCCGAUACAAUCCUAUCAUCCGAUCUGGAGAAACGCAGUUGUUUCCUGUACUCAGACGGCAUGGGAUUAGCUUCUAUGCAUAUAGUCCAGCUGCAGUGGGCCUAUUCACAGGAAGGCUCUCGCAGGACCCGAGUCAACUCGCUGGAUCGCGAUGGGACGACAGUACUGCAUCAGGAAAGAUCUAUCAUGACGCUUAUUACAAACCGGCAGUAAUUGCAGCAGCCCAGACCGUAGCUGAUGCAGGUGCAGCAGCUGGAGUAAGUGGACAUGCACUGGCAUUGCGAUGGACGAUCUACCACUCGGCACUGAGCCGUGAACAUGGGGAUGCUGUGCUUAUCGGCGCGUCGAGUCUGUCACAGUUGGUUCAAAACUUGGAUGCGGUUGACGCGGGUCCCUUGAAUGAAGAACUGGCUAGGUUGGUCAGUAAUGUGGGAGAUCUUGUAGGAGACGAGGCAGCUGCAUACCACGUUUAA